AUGGGAAAGCGACACAACAGAAAACGGACAAGAAGCCGACCGCGGCACCGCAACUCGCGUUCAGAUCAUAUUCGAAGUGAUUCAGUCAAUACAAAUCACACUUCAUCUUCCUAUCCAACAACAUCGCCCAACUUUCAACCUCAAAUGUUCUUUCCCAUCACCAGUGUGCCGGCGGACCACUGGCAUCAGACAUAUCUCGCAUGGCAGGUUCGACUCCGUUUGAAUCAGGAGCAUGAGCGGGAGCGAUCGGUGGAGGCUCAACGGCUUCGUGUCUUUGGUGGCAUGCCAGAAGAUGAAACCUGCCUUCUCGAGCCCAUGCUCAGAGUCGUUACGGAUCUUUUCGAUGGGGAGACCGACUAUGAAGAUCCUUGA